UUGGCGCUGCUGCUCUUUCUGCCAGCGUUGCAGCAAUGGCGAACUCCACGAACGGGCCGGUUGCGGACUCCGAUAUCGAAAAUGCAGGGUCAAACGAGCCACUUCCAAAAUCUGAAACUCCUGAGGGUUCAGACAACUACGCUUCCACAUGGGGAUUCAAUUUGCAACAGCUUUAUAAAAUGGCCACCACGUUUUUAAAAGAGCACGAAGGCAAAGCUUUCCAUACCUCGUACGACGAUAAGCUUUUGCUAGUAGCGUACACACUACAGGUAGCUCACGGAAAAUAUGACGAAGAAAAAUGUCCUCCCCUCGGUUAUUUAGACGUCAUAGGAAGAGACAGGAGACAGGCAUGGAUAUCUCUAGGGAAUGUCGACAAGGAAACUGCCAUGAAGCAGUUCAUAGAGCUGCUUAAUCAGAGGUGCCCUCUAUUUCGACCCUUUGUAGAAGCGCACAAGCGGCAUAUGGAGGAAAAUGAGAGGAGAAGAAAAGAGGAAGAAGAAAGGAAGAAGAGGGAAGAAGAAGAGGAGAAGGAAAGGCAGAGGCUAGAGGAAGAGCAGGCCAGGAUAGAGCAAGAAAAGGCAAAGCAGCUCGAACAGAAGCGGCUAAUACAAGAAGCCCUGAAUAGGCAGACUUACCAUCAGUUCAAGGCAUAUGCUGAGCAGCAGUUUCCUGGAAAUCCUGAACAGCAAGCAGUGUUGAUCCGGCAGCUACAAGAGCAACACUACCACCAGUACAUGCAACAGGUUUUAAACCAGCAAAAGACAGGGAACAACACUCAACAGCAGCACCCAGCGAUGGCAGACACUGAGGAAAAAAAAGACACCAACAGCCAGACGCCUACGGUCAAUGGCGAUGGGGAGACAGCUGGUCGGAAAGGAGACAGUUCACCAGAGGAAGAGUCUGCCGAAGAGGACGCUCAUGAGCUCCCUGCCAUUCCUACAGCAUCCAUGUGGACCAGGAAGGAUAUCAAGGAGUUUAAGGAGUGCAUUCGGAAAGAAGGGGGCGAUGGAAUAAUCAAGGUUGGCCACGGCGAAACAGUGACCGUAAGGGUUCCCACCCACGUGGACGGAACCUGCCUCUUCUGGGAGUUUGCGACGGACAGCUACGACCUGGGAUUUGGGGUGUACUUUGACUGGACGCCCAACCCCGGCAGCCAAGUCUCUGUUCACAUAAGCGAGAGUGAAGACGAAGAGGAAGAUGAAGAAGAGGAGCGUUCUGGAGGCUCUGGUGAUGUUGAGAGUGGUGCUCAACCCAAAGGUGAUGCCACCCGGCCACCACCACUGAGUGUGGUGAUACCCGUGUACCGGCGUGACUGCCACGAGGAAGUGUAUGCCGGAAGCCACCUGUACCCUGGUCAAGGGGCGUAUCUGCUCAAGUUUGACAACUCCUACUCCUUGUGGCGCUCCAAGACUCUCUACUACCGUGUCUACUACACUCGAUGAGCUCGUUACGGUCAUGUCUCUUGUGCUUGUGAACUGAAGGUGUAUUUUGCUAAUGGAGCAUCCAUUUUGCGGAACUCUGAGGUCUAUUGCUGACUGUGUUGAAUGCAGAUGUUUGGAGUGUGGCAGUUGUCUGAGAGACAGUGGUACCUGAGGUUGUUUACUAACGGGUGCAGGUUAUGUGGCACAGUGUACUGAAAUUGUUAAAUUAUCGUUGGGCAAAAUCUUACGGAGCACGGAGAGUUCACUGCAUGUACAUGCUGAACGCUUUAUAAAGAGCAAAUGGUGCUGGCAAUGGGAGAGGAAACUGAACUGUUCUUUUUUGAGCCAUGUUUUUGUUUCCCGGUAUGUUUACUUUUUCCUCUGUGUCUUAGAAAAAGAUUCCUCUGUGUCCUAAGAGAACAGAGAACUCGUGAUAACUUUUGAAAGCUUGGUAACAUGCUUUGGGCAUUACCACAAGAUAUUGUAGGUUAUGAUUCCUAAGAUUUUUGUUUCGACGUUAAAUGCAGUUGCUUUUGAAUUUCUAUACACUUCUCUCACAACAUUGUUGGAACACUGUUAUCAACACGAGGCUUUCAGACGUGAGUGCAUUUUUGUGUUCGGUAAAAGCCUAUUUAUGCAUUUUAGUUCCUGCGCUUCUCACCAUGCGACGCCUUCCAAUAUUUGACACGCAGCUCGGUCAAGGCCACGCCUCAUAUAGCACCUGUAUACAGACGAUACACAUAAUGCACCACUGAAGGAGUUUUACAACACGUGACGUCGCCCAAUGUUAACGAGGAAACAUAAGGUGCAACAGGCUUCUCAAAGAAGGGUGCACGUGUAUUGUAACAAAAAUGUAAAAAGAAAGAAGACUUUACUGUGCAACUUAUACAAUAAAUAGCUUCACUGUG